AUGAACGCAAAAAUGACGGGGGAGAAGCUCUGGUGGAAAGAAGGCGUGGCAUACCAAAUAUAUCCAGCCAGCUUUAAGGAUAGCAACGGAGAUGGUCUGGGUGAUAUCCCCGGUAUCAUCAGCAAGGUGGAUUAUCUGAAGGACCUAGGAAUCGACAUCGUCUGGGUGUCUCCGAUGUUUGAGAGUCCACAGAUUGAUAUGGGUUACGACAUAUCGAACUAUGAAGCAGUUCACGCACCGUACGGGACCGUCCAGGACAUGGAGGUCCUCAUCGACGAGUGCCACAAGAGAGGAAUGCGGCUCAUCCUGGACCUGGUAGUAAACCACACGUCGGACCAGCACGCGUGGUUCAAGGAGUCCAGAUCAUCAAAGGACAACCCCAAGCGCGACUGGUACAUCUGGCGGCCGCCCCGGUACGCCGAGGACGGGACGCGGAUGCCGCCGACCAACUGGCGCAGCUACUUCAGCGGGACAGCGUGGGAGUGGGACGAUCACACGCAGGAGUACUUCCUGCACCUCGACGAGUGCCGGCGGGCGAUCCACGACAGCGCGAUGCGGUUCUGGCUGGACAAGGGCGUGGACGGGUUCCGCAUCGACACGGUCAACAUGUGGUCCAAGGGCCCCGUGGCCGGGCUGCGCGACGCGCCCGUGGUCAACAGGGACACGUUCGACCAGCCGGCGUGGUGCCUGUACGCCAACGGGCCGCGGAUGCACGAGUUCCUGCGCGAGAUGAACCGCGAGGUGCUCGACAGGUACGACGCCAUGACGGUCGGGGAGCUGCCGCACACGCCGGACCCGGCGCGCGUGCUCGACUACGUGGGGCUGGGCGACAGGCAGCUCAGCAUGGUGUUCCAGUUCGACAUGGUCGACCUCGGCCAGGGGUCGCCGUACAAGUACCAGCUCCAGCGGUGGACGCUGCCGCAGCUCAAGGCCACGGUGGCCAAGUGGCAGCAGUUCAUCGAGGGCACGGACGGGUGGACGACGGCCUUCUGCGAGAACCACGACCAGGGCCGGUCCGUGUCGCGCUUCGCGUCCGACGCGCCCGAGCACAGGGAGCGGUCGGCCAAGCUGCUGGCGCUCAUGAUGUGCUCGAUGACGGGGACGCUGUUCGUCUACCAGGGCCAGGAGAUCGGCAUGGUCAACAUCCCGCGGUCGUGGCCCGUCGACGAGUACAAGGACAUCGAGGCGCUGGGCUACUACGAGGAGGUGAGGCAGGCGACGGGCGGCGACCCGGCCGCGCUCGACGCCGUGCUCGCCAACAUGUCGGUGCUGGGCCGCGACAACGCCCGCACCCCGAUGCAGUGGGACGCCUCGCCGCACGGGGGGUUCACGAGCUCGCCCGGCGGCCCGUGGAUGCGCGCCAACGACUCGUACGCCGAGAUCAACGUCGCCGACCAGCUGGCGAGGCCCGGGUCGUCCGUGCUGGGCUUCUGGCGAGACAUGAUCCGCUUCCGCAAGCGCCACGCCGACCUGCUCGUCCACGGCACGUUCGAGGUCGUCGGCGCCGACGACGACAAGACGUUUGUGUUUGUCAAGAAGAGGGACGGCCGCGACGAGGAGAUGGCGCUGGUGGCGCUCAACUUCUCGGGCGAGCAGCAGCGGGCUGCGUUCCCCCCGUAUCAGGGUGGCCGGUGGGCGUUCCAGUUUGGUAACUAUGGCGAGGACGAGAGCCCGCGGGCGGCAGGCCAGCCAGCCAACGUGACGUCAGGUGGACUAUGGGCAACCCAGUGUCUGUGUAGGCUCUGCCCAGUGGCUGCCCAAGUGAUGACUGUGCUAAAGGAACGAUGUUUAUGA